GGCGAGGGCGUGUGCUCAACGACGACGCCCACCCUGUUAGUUGUAAUGCUAUCAACCGUAUUAAUAAACCACACUCCUCCUCCACGGGCUCGAUAUAUACGGCCUUUCCUCCCCUCCCAUUUUGUUCCUUCAUCAUUCCAGAAUAAUCUCUCCAUCGUCAAUAAACCCGGCCCCCUUUUGCAUAACUGCCCAGUCUCCUCCUCUGGCCACUUACACACACACCUCUCAUGCACCAAAGCCCAAACACCUUACUUCGCCCACCUGUAUACAACACAUUAACGCCCAGCGUUUCAAUUAUCAGCCAUGGGACCAAACGGCUAUCCAUCGCCUCCUGUCGAGGCUAGUAAAGUCAAGAAGCAAAGUCACACCAAAUCAACCAAGCCCACCAAUAGAGCCUCUAAGCGAGCCAGCUCAACAGCGGCUGCACACCACCACCACGAUAUUGUUGUCAACAAUACUAGCAUGCAGGACAGUCGUCAUAAGCGCGUUUGGAAGGCAUGUGAGCGCUGUAGAAUGAAGAAGACUAAGUGUGAUGGCGAGUUCCCCUGUAAGCGAUGCAAGGACGACGGACUCGUUUGCACAGCUGGCCUUCGCAAAAAGGUCGAGUAUAAGCAGCUCCCCAGAGGCUACGCUGAAGUCCUCGAAAACACACAACUCACCCUGGUCGCUACUGUACACAAGCUCUACUCUAUGGUUCGCAACGGCCAGUCCUGGGACCUAGGAGAGCCCGACUUGAACGAUCACGGUCUCCCCAUUGUUCACAACAUUGCUGAUAAGCUGGGCUGCAUCCGUCCUAAUGGAGAUAUCGAUCUUCCUGUUCACUCCGUUUUCCCUGAAGACGAGGCUGGCAUGGCCGAGUUGGCUACACAACUUGAAGAACAACAACACCACUCAGAAACAACGCCGAGCCAGAAGGAGCAUAGCGAAAACGGCGAUGCGCACCACGACCGCGCCUCAUCUUCCGAAGGAGAUCACUCUGAUUUGGAACUGGAUUACCGCAAGCUUGCCUUUGGUCGCCAUAACAUGGGCAACAGCAACAACGGCCUCACCCUUUCUCCGCAAAGCUAUGCUGGCAGCCACGACUUCGACUUCAGCUCAUCUACAGAAUUCGAACAAGGAGCCAUGUUUGCUUCUCCAUCCUCAUCUUCAUUGCCCAACUUUAGCAACGACGACUGGUCGAUGCCCAAGUCGGCGUCUGACGCCAACGCUCUCGCCAUGCAAUUCCUUCAGCAAAGCGGCAGCAUGCAGAGUAUCGAUCUACUAGGCCAAGGUGCUGGUUUACUUGACGCCGAGUUUGGCGCUAUUAAGCCAGACAUGAUGGCUAUGACCAACAACGAAGUCAUGAUGGGUCUUGGAGAUCCCAUGAUUUACUCUAGCUUUGACAACGAAAUGCGAUUGUAAUGAGGGGUAGAAUUAUUGGAUUGGUUUCACUUUUGGAUAGACUUUGACAGGCUGGAUGCCUCGUGUACAUCAAGAACGAAUUGAAUUGGCGAACGGCGUUAUGGGAAAUAGAUACCGCCUACGGGACGGGAACUGCUUACUUUCGGAUGAAUUCGAGAAAAUGAGAAAUAAAAUCUUACAAGAC